AUGCGCAAGAGUUCUUUAAGAGUCUCUUCACACAAGCGAGUCUUGAUUCAAGUACCUUCCGCCGCACUCUUAGCUCGUCUCGACAGCUACGCCGCCCGCAAGGCUAUUGCCGACAAACUAGACGGCGUCGACAUAACCACUAUCCUUCGUCUUAAAGCUACUCGCACGGGUUGGGCACUCACCCCGAUCAACCUCAAAGCGAAAGACCUUUUCAUCAUAGAUGAAGCUAAAAAAAAGAGGUCCGCAGCUUUAAGCUGUUCGGCUGUAGUAGCUACUCCCGGCUGGUCGACAAAAAGCAACCUAUUAAGAGGCACGACCUUGGCUGCCUCGGCUGGUAUAACCCGGCCAGGUGCACUCGGCACGCACGCUGCUCCUAUUGCGGCGAGCGAAGAGACCAGCACGACGGGCCCGACGGCAAAGACUGCACGGCACCCCUUCGCUGUGCAAACUGCUACGGCCCAGACUCUUGCUACCGGUGUCAACGCGGCUCCCCUUCGAAAAAGACGCGCCCUUGCGGUGCAAGAGCACGAGCGAGCGACCUCCUUCCAAGCCGUCUUUUCACAAUCCUUUUCUCAGUCCUUUACGCAAGCUACGAAACCUCUGCGUAGUACGGCUACGCGCAAGAACCUUAACGAAAAGACUCUAAUAGAUAGCGCCUUCUCUGCUAUAGACGAAGGAAGGGACACGCUAAUAGCGACAUCGGACUAUCACGUGGACAACACUACUAGCUCAUCUUCUUCGUUUAUAAGAGGCUCGAGCAUUGCUGCUAGCUAA